UCGCCGCCUCCGCCACCGCCCUCUUACCGAGGCUCCGCCCGCCCGCACUGUCUGUCCCCUUCGCCCUUCUGCGGGCCGGCAGAUGCACGUAGGCUCGCAGCCCGUCGCGGCUCCGUCCCUUGCUUUUCCCCACUCUUCUUAAAAUGCCGGCGGGCAGUCGGGUCCUGGGAGCUGCCUCGGGUUAGCAGCGCCGUUCGGAAGCGUCGCGUGAAACACUUCCGACGAACCCUGAUGUGUCUCUUUCAAUUUUCCGCUAGAAGGUUGGUUUCCCAAGCGCAUUGUGGACUUAAAGCCUCGUCUUCAAAGAAACAGAAGUUUUGCUUGGAAAUGGCCCGUCCUAGUUCAAACAUGGCUGAUUUCCGAGAGGUGUUUGCCAAAGCCAAGCACAUCGCCAUCAUCACCGGAGCCGGGGUCAGUGCCGAGAGCGGCGUCCCCACCUUCAGAGGGGCUGGAGGCUUCUGGAGAAAGUGGCAAGCCCAGGAGCUGGCUACUCCGGGGGCUUUUGCGCGAAACCCUUCCCGUGUGUGGGAAUUCUACCACUACCGGCGGGAAGUGAUGCUGAGCAAACAUCCCAAUCCAGCCCACAUCGCCAUCGCGGAGUGCGAGAAGCGCCUGAGCAAGCAAGGAAGGAGUGUUGUGGUCAUCACUCAGAACAUUGAUGAGCUGCACAGGAAGGCAGGCACCAAGCACCUCUUAGAAAUUCACGGUAGUUUAUUUAAAACUCGCUGCACCAGCUGUGGAAACGUAGCUGCGAAUUACAAGAGCCCGAUCUGCCCCGCAUUGGCUGGGAAGGGGGCUCCAGAUCCUGACACACAAGAUGCUGCAAUUCCAGUUGAAGACCUUCCUCAGUGUGAGGAGGACGGCUGCAAGGGGCUCCUGCGGCCCCACGUCGUGUGGUUUGGCGAAGCCCUGGAUCCCGGCGUGCUCACGGCAGUGGAGAAGGAGCUGGAUAUCUGUGACCUCUGCUUGGUCGUCGGGACCUCGUCCGUGGUGUAUCCUGCGGCCAUGUUCGCCCCGCAGGUCUCGGCCAGAGGGGUCCCAGUCGCGGAGUUCAACAUGGAAACCACUCCAGCCACCAACAGGUUCAGGUUCCACUUCCCGGCCCCCUUUUUACCCCCGUUCACGCUUCUUGCCCCGUCUUAUUCCCUCCUUUAUCCCUGCUUAUUUCCCCUUGAUUGGUUCCCGCCUCCCCGCAGGCACCGGCAGCUGCAGAAGGAGAAGCGGCGGCGGCACCAGGAGCUGUUCGCAGAGCAGAAGAAGCGCAGGCUGCUGCCCGAGGCCGUGCUGCAGGAGCUGCAGGAGCUGCAGGAUGUGUCCCCACGGCCCGCUGAGCAGGCUGUGGCCGAUGACCCAGUUACUCUAGGUGAGGAACUUGACGCUGGGGCUGUACAGCUGGAACAAGGCCAAGAUGAAGCGCAGGAGAAGAAGGGCAAGAGGAGAAAGGGUGCCAGGACAAAAGGGAACUACAUGGCUGUGUGCUUGAAAGACCACAGUGUAACAGGCCUGCACCAACAGCUCGCCAAAGACUUCCUAAAUGCUCAGCUCUAUGGGCCACACACCAACAGGGUACAGGCAAGUGAAUUUUUUUCCUUUGCAAACAAGAGAGACCCAGUCAAAAAAGCUGCAGUUCAGUUUGUGGACAAGUCUUGGGGGCAAGAUAAAAAGGAAAAAGCAGCAAGGUUUAAGAAACGUUGGCUGGCAACACAGGUUAAAAAUGGAGUCUGAAGACAGCUUUUUCAGAAGAUGCUGCUACGGACUUUUAGUGACAGUUGAUCUCAACACAACCCAGGUGUUUUCUACCCCCUUCAUCAUCACUUUGCUUUCAGCUCCAGCCAGCAGAAGGCUCCAGGCUGUGCCAGAUCAGACUUCCCUGUUUUUUCCCCCUGUCAGAAGUUCUUGGGGAAGCUACAGAGCAGCCAGGCCAGUGUUGUGAAACACCAGGUGCUAGGGCCAGGCUUGCUGAGCUGCCUCCAUGAGGCAAUGCCUUUGCAGAGAAUAAAGAUGAGCAAUGUUCUACCUAC